GGUCACUCCACACAGCCGUUUACAAUCCCCUUGAAGGACCCCUGUAUCCCCGCUAGAAUUCCGUGGGCGUGAAGCGAUGGUCUGUGAUGAAUCGCUGUUCUCGACAGAAGGAUGCGUUGAAUGCAAGGUGCCGUGUGCGCUGAGGUCAAGGCUAGAACCAUCGCACCCUCAAUCGGAAUCUAGGUUCCGAGGUGGUGAUGCGGUUCCGAAUUCAUAUCAGCACCUCCAGCUGAUCAAGCCACCACCGGAGUGUCAGGCAAGGUAGAACUUACGCCCUCCAGCACCGCCUGGUGUCCAAGUGUAGAAGUCACGGAGUGACACUACGUCCGCUUCGCAACUAUACCCAAAUCUGUUCCCCAGUCCAUUCGACUGCUAUAAUCUGAGGCAUCUGUUCCUGCAGGUUAUCUCCAAACCACAACAUGGCGCAGGUACUACCGAUCGUCGAUGUGAAGACCUUCCUUGGUCCGAUGGCAGUUGGUUCUGUGCUCUCAGGAGUAGUCUUUGGGUGUGCAGUCGUUCAGACUUACUCGUAUUACAAACGAUUCCCUAAUGACAGCGAGUACAUCAAGGCGCUGGUAAUUUUCGAGAUGACGUUGCAGACGGUACAUCUCGUCCUCAUGUUGGCUGGCCUGUGGCACAUAGUGGUCACAGAUUAUGGGAACUCCCCAGCGUUACUUUUCUUCCCAGAAACCAUAAAUGUCACCCUAAUCCUCUGUUCCCCUCUCGCAUUCGCUUCGCAGGCCUACUUCAUCUUCAGGUUGUGGAGGCUCUCUCAGAACCUGAUACUUGUCGGAUUUUGCCUUUCGCUCGCAGUGGCCCGCUUUGCCUUCCACAUGGUAGUUGGCAUUGCUGCGUACCUCAUAAGGGAUAUCUUGUCGGUCGUGCAACAAUGGAAGUGGUGUAUUACCACUAUGUUCGUCAUGUCGAUUGCUUGCGACACAAUAGUUGCCGUUGCUGUUGCCUACAUUCUGAGGGACCAAAAGACAGGGUUCAGGCGGACCUCUUGGAUCAUAGACAAAUUGAUAUCGUAUUCCGUUGCGACUGGUCUCGUUACAAUCGCAUUCGAAUUAGGCCAGGCACUAUGUUUUUGGACGAUGCCUCGUAAUUACGUCUGGUUGGGAUUCUACGCUAUUGAAUCGGGCUUAUACACAAACUCUCUUCUGGCAGCGUAUGCUAAAUAACCCGACCGUCCGUGAGGUCCUCAUCCAUAUUUGUAGACUCAACGGCCGUUCUGUCUUCAAUCAGUUGUGGGCUCCACAGCCAAGCUCCGAUCCUGGCACCCUUCCAAGGAGCCCCCAAUUGAAUGUCGGUGAUAAGGUGCUGCUACUCACGACAUUCUGAACUUCGAACGUAUUAAAGCAGCUUUCCGACAGGGGCCGUAUUUCUCCAUUCACUCGGAUGGGGAGCGAUCGGUAGGACUGAAGGAGUUACCAGUUAAAGCGGUGUUUUGAGGCAGAGUGCUGGGGUGGUCCGUCUCCGUCUACAGAACUUCUAUGUUUUUGUUUUGUUUUUCGAUCGCUAUCGUGUGUAUCAUACGUCUGAAAUGUUUCAUGGCUGU